ACUAUUCCUGCUGCAGGGGCGUGCAGUCAGGAUUGAGAACGAUCAGGAAGGAAAGUGGAGCCUGGGCAAGGCGCUGCCAACCCCGCUCGAGGAAUGGAACACACCCGGAACUCGAGUUCCUUAUUGAUUCAUCUAAAACACUCUUUGGGUUGUACUUAUGCGCAGCAUGUGUAAUGUUGAACUUUAAAGAGGGCUAAAACAUGUCUGAUGUGGAAGUGGCCAAAGAGGAACUUAAGGAGAUAGACAUAUGUGGCAUCUGCUCGGAGGAGGAGGAGGAGGAGAGCGGAGUUUUCCUCAACUCAGGUGCGUCGUACCUUGACGGCUUCUCCGCGUUUCACAAAUGGGCUUCAAAGGGACGUUCAGUAUCGGAUGGAUACUGUGAGUGCGCCAAAACAGCUUCAGUCUCACUAUGCAAGUGCGCAAAAGUGCCUCAUGGAGCAGCAGCUGGAGAGAUCCGUAUGGAGAGAGGAGGAGGAGGAGGAGGUGUGUAUUCGGAUGAAGAGGAUCUGAGAGCGUCCCGCGCAUCAUCUAUAGUGGACUGUCUGUUAGUGGAGCUCUAUGACACAUACAGUAAUGUCAGAGGGGUGGACAGCUCGACCGAAGCCUCCAGCUCAGAAGCCUUCCUGGGCAGGAGUAACACUGGCUCCAGCUUUCUCCAAGAACUUCAGGAGAAGCACACGAGGCGCCAUCAGGUGAAAUACCUGGCUCAAAAAGGUCCAGAGGAGCUGAAGUGGAUCAUUCAGGAAGUGAAGUAUCGUAUUGGAGUGCAGUCGGCCAAACUGGUGCGUCAGGUCAAGAGGAAGGACAGACUUCGGCAGAAGUUUCAGAAGAACUGUGAUAUAGUCACCGCCUGCCUGCAAGCCAUCUCUCAGAAAAGACUUUCCUGCCUCAUUCAGGACCUGCACAGGACCGGCUGCAGUUCAUACUGUGGCCAGGAGGCGGAGCAGGACCGCGUGGUGCUGAAGCGGGUGCUGCUGGCAUACGCCCGCUGGAACAAGACUGUCGGAUACUGUCAGGGCUUCAAUGUUCUGGCCGCCCUCAUCCUGGAGGUCACAGAGGGAAAUGAAGGAGAUGCAUUGAAGGUGAUGAUCUAUUUGAUUGAUAAAGUGCUUCCCGAUAGUUACUUCGCCAAUAACCUGCGAGCCCUCUCAGUGGACAUGGCCGUAUUCAGAGAUCUGCUGCGACUUAAGCUUCCAGAACUUUCUCAGCAUCUCCACCAUCUCCAGAAAGUAGCCAAUCGGGAAGGAGGAGGGAGCUAUGAGCCUCCGCUCACCAACGUCUUCACCAUGCAGUGGUUUCUGACCAUGUUUGCCACUUGUUUACCCCAUCACACCGUGCUGAAGAUCUGGGACUCGGUCUUCUUUGAGGGCUCUGAAAUGCUACUGCGUGUAGCUCUCGCCAUCUGGGCCAAACUUGGAGAGCGAAUUGAGGAGUGCCAGACUGCAGAUGAAUUUUAUAGUACUAUGGGAUGCCUGACGCAGGAAAUGCUGGAGCACAACCUUAUCGACUCCAAUGACCUCAUGCAGACGGUCUACUCCAUGGCCCCGUUCCCGUUCCCCCAGCUGGCUGAGCUCAGGGAGAAAUACACCUACAACAUCACCCCAUUCCCGAGCCCUGUCAGAGCGAACAGCAGUCUUGCACUCCAUGGAUGGGAGAGUGAUGAUGAUGAUGCUGACAUGGAUGAUGAAGACUCUAUUGUCACUGCUCUGGGUUGCCUGGGGCCUCUUGGAGGACUUCUGGCCCCUGAGAUCCAAAGAUACCAAAAGCACCUUAAAGAUCAGAGAGCGGAGCAGAGCUCUCACGGCAGUAACAUGGCCGAGAUGAGUCCCGGGGCAGUGGGCGCGGGACGGGCCGAGCACCAGGCGGCAAUCAACAGCAUGAUGCUGGAGCGCAUGAGCACCGACAUCAGUGCGCUGAAGAAACAGUACUCACGCAUCAAACAGAAACAACAGCAGCAGGCUGGGCUCCUGUACAUCCACACAGGACCUCGCGUGGAAGCUGAAACUAUUGAACCUCAUCAAGCCAGUAAACAGCAGAAGCACCACACUGAUAAGUGUCCAGCCACCAGUAUCCUUCCCUCCCAAAUCGGUCCCUCCCCUGUGGUCAACCAUCUUCUCCUGGGCAGAAGGCCCAGACCUGGUCAGCGGUCCUCAAAGAACGGGAUCGUCCAUAACGGUGAAGGUCCUCAAGCCCACUCCACACCCAGCCAGGAUCAGAUGAUUCGGGCCAGACAUCACUCGCCCUGGCGCACACAUGUGCGAGCGCAUCGGAGGAACAUCGCCAGGGCACGGGCGCAACUUGGGUUUGAUGAUUCUCUGGAGAUAGAAGACGAACAAAUGAGCAAAACAGAAGAAGCAUCUGAAGAGGGAAGACGUGAGGAUGAAGAGCAAGAGAAGGUGGACACUGUAAGCCCAGAUGUCUCUCAGCAAGACCACAGCUCUGGAGAAGGAGAAGAUCUCCAGGAGAUCAACAAGCAGUUGUCUUCUUUGGAACUGGAACCAGAACUUUCAUCAGAAGCAGCUUCUGAUCCAACUCCACAUUCAGACGCAGAUUCUGAUACACCUACGUCUUCUCCAGAACCAGCUUCUGAUGCACCUACGUCAUCUCCAGAACCAGCUUCUGAUGCACCUACGUCAUCUCCAGAAUCAGCUUCUGAUGCACCUACAUCAUCUCCAGAACCAGCUUCUGAUGUACCUACACCAACUCCACCACCAGAAUCAGCUUCAAAUCCAAAUGAACCACAGCCAGAGCCCAAAUCCACGGCCUCAGCUCCGCUCCCAUCCACCCACCGUCCAGGUUCAGACUCCUUCAGCUCAGAAAGCGGAGGCUCACUCAAAAGUAGCCCUUCAAUGUCAGCAGGAGAACCUCCGAAACCACAGCAGAUCUUCUCCCCGUUCCCUUGCAUCAAAACCCCUCGCAAGUCCAUCACUGCCAGAAACUUGGGCCUCUACGGUCCAAACGCCAGGACUCCAAAUGUGCACUUUCCCCAGAUGAGCAGAAGCAUGAACCAUGUUGGAAACACCACAAGGCGGCGAUGAUGAAUAGUCGACUACAGGCGAGCACUUAUUUGAUUCUUCAUAUCGAUACGUUUGGGUUCAAAACUCCAACCACGAAAGCAGAUCUCUAGUAUGCUUCCAGAUACUCCAAAACAUCUACAUUUAGGAACAAUAUUUGAUAAUUUAAUGCUUCCAUGAAGUUUAUAACAUGAAUUUAUGAAGGCUGUUUCUUGUUUAUUUUCUUUUUUUUAGUGAAACCCUACCUAAACAUUUGGGAAUUAUACCCGACACUGAAAGCAUCUCUUGUUGCAUGUUCAGGUCAGCAGUAUUCGCUACAAUGCACCGUGUAUGUUUACUUACAUGCUUCAAAGCUCAGAAAAUCACUUGUAUGUAAAAUACUCAUGCUAAAUGACUGGGAAAUGCUGCACAGUCCAAAAUGAUUUUUUUUUAGCAACCAUUUACACUAUUUAAUCAUAUAAAGUCAACAAAUUUUCCAUGUUCGCUUGUUUCUGUUGUUUUUGACAACACUGGUGUUCAUUUUCCAGUCAUGUCAAGCCAUUCAUGUUUCUUUUAUUUUGAUCUUUCUUUAGUAAAUUAUUCAUUUGCCAUCUGAAUGACACAAGUUGUUGCCAUUAAGUUCUCUUUUCUGAUGCUCUGGUCAAAACUCUCCGCAAUUUAACAUCCCUUUGGAUGUUUCUCUUCUCUCUAUUAAUCUUUGGUGCAUAUGAGUAGUGGAGGAUCACAAAUGCCCCACAGAGAAUAAAAGACGUGCAAGUAUGGAAAAAAAA